CGCGGCGCCGGCGCGGUGGCCCGCAAACCUCCGCUCAGGCUCCGGUGCCGGUGGUGCUUCCCGGCAGAGCCAUGGCAGCUUUCCGCUUGGCCCUCAUCCAGCUUCACGUUUCUUCCGUCAAAUCAGAUAACCUCGCUCGAGCCUGUGGCCUUAUCUGGGAGGCGGCAAAGCAGGGAGCCAAGAUAGUUUCUCUGCCAGAAUGCUUUAAUUCUCCAUAUGGCACGAAAUAUUUUCCUGAAUAUGCAGAGAAAAUUCCUGGUGACUCCACACAGAAGCUUUCUGAAGUAGCAAAGGAGUGUGGCAUAUAUGUCAUUGGAGGUUCCAUUCCUGAAGAGGAUGCUGGGAAAUUAUAUAAUACCUGUGCCGUGUUUGGGCCUGAUGGAACUUUACUGGUAAAGCACAGAAAGCUCCAUCUGUUUGACAUUGAUGUUCCUGGGAAAAUCACAUUUCAAGAAUCUAAAACAUUGAGUCCUGGUGAUAGUUUCUCCACAUUUGAUACUCCUUACUGCAGAGUGGGCCUGGGCAUCUGCUACGACAUCCGCUUUGCAGAGCUGGCACAAAUCUAUGCACAGAGAGGCUGCCAGCUGUUGGUAUAUCCUGCAGCUUUUAAUUUGACCACCGGACCAGCCCACUGGGAGUUGCUUCAGCGAGGCCGUGCUGUUGAUAAUCAGGUGUACGUGGCCACGGCAUCUCCCGCCCGGGAUGACAAAGCCUCCUAUGUUGCCUGGGGACACAGCACCGUUGUGAGUCCUUGGGGGGAGGUCCUCGUCAAAGCUGGCACUGAAGAAAUGAUCGUGUAUUCAGACAUAGACCUGAAGAAGUUGGCUGAAAUACGCCAGCAAAUCCCCAUUUUUAGCCAGAAGCGAUCAGACCUCUAUGCAGUGGAGGCGAAAAAGCCCUAAUGUUUAUGUUUCCAACGUGUCAUGAAACAGGAAGAUAUGUUUCUACAACAUAAUCAACUCCCUUCUGAAUUCUUUAAUGGAGAUUCUUUUUUUUUUUUUUUUUUUAACUUCAGCCUUUUCCCUUCCUGGAUAGGAAGCUCUCUGUUGAGAUGGUGGAGCACCAACUGAUGCUGGUAUUCUCCACACCGUAUUAAAUAGUCAAAAAGGACUCAGGCUGGUGGAGACGAGCAGAAGGCAAGGGGAUGGCUGUAAGUUUUCCAUGUUCAAGUUGUCUCAAAGCAGUUAGUAAAAGUAUCAGAUCUUGGUA